AUGAGGUACGCCAAGCCCUCAAGCGCCGCCCCCAAAUCCAUCCCUCCCCCUCUUCCCGUCCGUUCCUCCCGCCGCUCCGCGAAGCACCAAGAAAAGCGCGGCGAAGUGGCGCAUCUCCCGCAAUUAAUCAUACCUUCGGAUACGGAUGCUUAUUCGCUUCAUCGCCAAGACACCAGUGACGCUCUCUCCCGAAUCGCCGCAACGCCCCGGGGGCCCUGUGGCUUGCCGACGUCACUGCAUCUUGGUAUUGACGUCGAGCGAGCGACGAAUCUGCGCCGAACACUCGAUGCGGUCGCCGACUUUGACAGUGUUGCGGAAGAGUACUGA